CAGGGAAAGUGUUAUAGGUCAACGUUAACUGAAGUCCACCAUUUGCAUUAAUAUAUCGAAUACCAAUUUUAUAUGAUUCUAUAUAUCUAACAUUUAGUAAAACCAAACAAACAUUAUAUGACAAGACAACCAUCAUACCUAGCCAGCAUUUAUUUGCCCGUCUAUAUCAAAGCAUCUUAGCUAAAUAUACGUCAUUUCCCCAAGUCUGUCGUCAUCCCUUAAGGCAAUGGCGCUGCCAUAUUUCCCAAACCACCGGGUCAACCUGUCAAUAGGCGAAUUGCGCAUUUUGGAUAAUGGCUUUCUUAACAUCGAGCCCUCCGCUUGGCGAACAUUUCAAACGAUUCAAGACAGCGUAAGACAAGUCACUCGUUUCGCUACCGUGCGGGGAACCUAUGUCUGUUUUUGCAUCGACACUACAAAUAUCACCCCGAGAACAAAAGCUCGAGACAUAACUCAAGUACAACUACAUACAAAUCCAUCACCAGUUGGCCCACCUGAAGGUUAUUUGUUAUUGUAACAUUCGGCACGCCAGCACUCGCGCCGCUAUGAUCAACGCGUUUCAGGCCAUGGAGGAGCCCAAGUAUUGGAACGGCUGGCUUGAUCUCAAAUCCGGAGACAAGGGGUGGGAGGAAGCCCAGGCCAAUAACCCGUUCUUCAUAGGGAUACAAAAGUUGUUGAGUGAGAACGUUGACUGGACGGGCGGCAGCUCUCUUGCUACGAUGUUGUUCCUCCUUGACGCACCAGUUGAGAUGCAAAACUUUUCGUCCGACUUUAAGCUCCGUAUGAAAUUUGAACUACACCGAGAAUCGGUCCGGGGGUCGUUUUGAAAACUUUGGAUUUGGGUCCUUGUAUAUUGUAAUUUGAGAAGUGUUAUUCGAGGUCCUUUAUAAAUUAGGUAGUUUUAGAGCUAGCGGUAACUAUAGCGAUAUGAAUUCAACACGUGGAUAAG